ACGUGGUCGCGCUUGGUAUUGUCCGCCUCGGGCUGUUGGGGAAAAAACUGCAUGUGGAAGAAAAAAAAAGUGAGGAGAGAACAAAGAAAUCAGAGUCUAUUUAAAGAGGAGCAGCCCGUGAGUCCCGCACUGCGCCCCGCACUGCGCCCCGCACGCACCGCUGCGCCCUGCACCCAGCCGCCCGUGCACCCCCUCGGCUCCGGACCGCGGAGAGGAUGCGGACUUCCCUGGUCGUGUGCUGCUGCGUCUUUGCGCUGCAAUGCCUCCCGAGCGCGCUGUGCCUCCCGGUGCGGGGGUCCGGCCGCUACAAGGUGGCACCGGUCUCUGAGAAGUUCCCCGACCUGAAGAAGAGAGGGAAGGCUCCUCACGCUCAGGACUUGGUGAAGGAGACCAGUCUGUCAAACAACACAUGGAACCGGCCGCGCUGUGGCGUACCCGACUACCCCGCCCAGAAGGGGGUGCACCAUCAUGGACGACCCCGCCAGAGACGCUUUGUCCUCUACGGAGGACGUUUGGACAGAACGGACCUCACCUACAGGAUCGUGAGGUUCCCGUGGCAGAUGGGCGAGGAGAAGGUCCGACGUGUCUUCAGGGAAGCGCUGCAGAUCUGGAGCGACGUCACCCCGCUCACCUUCACCGAGGUCCACAGCGGGAAGGCCGACAUCCGCAUCGACUUCACCAGAUACUGGCACGGAGACAACCUCCCGUUCGACGGCCCGGGUGGGAUCCUCGCUCACGCUUUCUUCCCCAGGACCCACCGACAGGGGGACGUCCACUUCGACUAUGACGAGUCCUGGACGCUUGGAAACCACAUGGGCACAGACCUUCUCCAGGUCGCCGCCCAUGAGUUCGGGCACGUCCUGGGCCUGCAGCACUCACGCGAGCCAGGAGCCAUCAUGUCCGCAUACUACACCUUCUCCUACCCGCUGAGGCUGAGCGAGGACGACAAGCAGGGCAUCCAGUAUCUGUACGGAGCUCGUCCACAAGUCCCGCCCACGCCGCCACCACCCCCGCCCCCGCCCCCGCCCACCCCUCCUCCCUCCAACCCGGAGACCAACGAGAUCCUCACCAAUCCCGACGCCUGCCAGACGGACUUUGAUGCCGUGUCUAUGAUCCGAGGGGAGCUGUUCUUCUUCAAGUCGGGCUAUGUGUGGCGGAUCCGGGACGGGCACCUGGAGAGCGGCUACCCGGCGCUGGCGUCCCGGCACUGGAGGGGGAUUCCCGACAACAUCGACGCCGCCUUUGAAGACAAGUCGGGGAACAUUUGGUUCUUUCAAGGUGAGAACUACUGGGUGUUCGAUGCCGAGAUGCGGAUCCGAGGGCCGGAGUCCAUCCGCAGCCUGGGCCUGUCGGUGUCCGGGGUCCAGGCGGCGCUGCGCUGGGGCCACGACUCCAACUUCAACACCUACUUCUUCAAGUCCGGCAGCUACUGGAGGUUCAGCCCCCGAGAGAACCGCCUGGAGUCGGUGUACCCGCGCAGCAUGCAGGACUGGAGCGGCGUCCCCGAGGACGUGGACGCAGCUUUCAGGGACGUCUACGGCUACGCUCACUUCAUCCGAGGACGACAGUACUGGAAGUUUGACCCCGUGGGUAUGAACUCUCUGGAGGGAUACCCCCGCUACAUCGGCAUGGACUUUUUCGGCUGCAGGAACGCGUGAGUCUUCGGCAUCGGAAGAAUCAGGCGACUUUUUUGUUUUUGUUUUUGUUUCUUUUUGACAAUGAAGAGGAUUGACCUCCUUUGAAUCUGUCUGUGCUUUACUCCAUUCAUUGGUUCUCAGAUCGACUUCAGCUUCUUCUCAGGAAAACCAAGCGACCUUUCCUCAGACCUGGCUGAAGCAGCAGCAGCAGUGAUGGCUCACAGCUUCACUCAGGAGUAUUUUCAGAUCCCUGUGGUGACCCGAGCGUACACGACGGCCUGCGUCCUCACCACUGCUGCCGUGCAACUUGACGUCAUCUCCCCCUUUCAGCUCUACUUCAACCCCGACCUCAUCAUCCGCAGAUACCAGAUAUGGCGUCUGGUCACCAGCUUCCUGUUCUUUGGUUCUCUCGGAUUCAGUUUCAUAUUCAACAUCAUCUUUCUGUAUCGAUACUGUCGGAUGCUGGAGGAAGGUUGUUUCCGGGGAAGGACGGCAGAUUUCGUUUUCAUGUUCCUGUUCGGAGGAGUCGUGAUGACCCUGCUCGGUCUGAUGGCCGACGUCUUCUUCCUGGGUCAGGCCUUCAUCGUCAUGCUGGUGUACGUGUGGAGCAGAAGACAUCCGCUCAUACGCAUGAACUUCUUCGGCCUCCUCGACUUCCAGGCCCCGUUCCUCCCCUGGGUGCUCAUGGGGUUUUCACUGCUGCUCGGAAACUCCGUGGUGGUCGACCUCCUGGGCAUCAGCGUCGGCCACAUGUACUACUUCCUGGAGGACGUGUUUCCAAACCAGCCGGGAGGAAAGAAGCUGCUGACGACACCGGAGCUUCUGCAAGCGAUGUUUGACGACCAGCAGCCGGACGAGGAGCCGCACGACUUCAGCUAAGAGCCCGAGAUCAUCGGGAAUCUGCUAAAUGAGCCGGUGAAGUCAGAAGACGAGCCCGGAGGAAACUUAAUCACAGAACAUUUUGUCUUUUCUUUUUUACGAUUUUGGGAUUCGAUGACACCGGAUGUUUGAAUUUGGUGAAUUUGCACUUUGAGGGCUGAGGGGACUGAACCAGUGACCCCCCCCCCCCCC